AUGACUCUACAAGUAGCAGGGUUUCCCGAGUGCCUUCGUUCUAUAUCGGAAAGCCGCUGGUUGAUUUUGAUGGAGGCAUCGCAAGUGUAAGUAGAACUCAGUUGUUGACAUCUAAACUUACAGUUAGGGUAACUGGCGAGUGUACUCUGAAGUAGAUGUAUAACAGCUUAGAGGCAUGAUAUGCAUCCUUUGAUAGUCAUUUAUUGAAGGCAUGUGAAGGAUGUUCUUAAACAAGGUGGUGAGUAUUGACAACGAUUUUCCAAUUGGCUGUGCAAGUUUCUACCGAAUUUGGUCCCUUUGGAACCAACAAAGCCUCCUGAAGAAAUCUGCGGCUCUUUUAGCCAAAUCAGCCCCUACUCACAACCUCAACUGAACUAACAAAUACUUAACUUUUGACGUUUGAUCCUACCUAGCGUUUUCUUUUGGAAGUAUGUAUACGCAAGCUAUGGAACCCUUUGAUUUUUUAUUAUUUGUAUCUGGUGCUUUUCAAGAAAUAUUUACUCUACCUCGGUCUGUUUUUUUUCAGCGGCCUUCCAAAGACACUUUUUUGGUGGUUAGCCGUCGUGGAAAUUCCAGUGCAGAUCACGUGUUCCGAUUCAACAAAGCAAAGUCACUGUAUCUUUUUGGACCUCUAAAUCCCAUCAGGAGAUUUGCAAUUCGCCUGGUCACUAACAAGUAUCCUUUUAAACAAAGGUCAACAUAUUCUAAAAAUGUAAAUGCCAAUGAACCCUGCGAGCAGUGGUUUCUCCAGGCCGGACGCUACUCUUCGUAAUGCCAAUGUAACUCUCACUGCAAAUGUAAUAUAAAUAUAACAAUUGAGCAAUCGUUCAAUGCAAGGUUGUACUUUCCAGAUCGAAGUGGAAACACCUCUGGACCGCGAAUUACGAAUGAUACUAAACACAGACCACAAUGUUUGGGCAACGCAGUUUAUUGACUAGCAGAAUAGACUCGGGAUCAAUAAAAUAAACCGCUAAGGGUGGAGUGGGCGGGGAAACGUUGACUAGCUCCUCACUGAAUGAAAGGCUGAGCGAUCUGAAAAAUGAUCCUUACGUGAGGCAGCUACUACUGACAGCAAUUAGGCUUGUUCUCUAUUGGUAAUUACCCAUCAUCACUUCGGGUGAUUUUGGUACUACUGAGAAUAGUGUCUAGAGUUGUUAGGCGAGUGUUCAUACCACCGUGCCAUCCUCGUUUUACUGCCUUGGAGUUGAAUGCGUUUAAUGGAUCUAUUUAGAAGGUCUGUUAAAAGUGAACAUUUCAACCUGAUUCUUGUUGUCCUUCCUCUUUCACCCAUAAAUUAAAACAUGAAUUUAGACAUGACUGGUGAAAAUAAAAUAAAACGAUCCCUUUGAAUGGUACCGUAACCUUACUAAUUUGCAGUUUGAAUCUGUGUUUGAAGCAGAUUAAUUUUCCUCAAUUUUCAUUUUAGAUAUUUUGAGUCAUUUGUUAUCCUUACCAUUCUAAUAAACUGUGUUUUUCUCGUACUUGAAAAUCCACCCGAUGAAGCUGAGUAAGUAAACCGAAACUUGGUUACUUUUAAAACGGAGAGCUUAGCUUCUUAGUGAUAGCCACGCGAACCCCUCCCCAGAGUUUUUGAUAUGUUGCAGUAUUUUGAAACGAUUUUACCUUUACUGAAAAGCCUUUGAUCUUCUUAACAAGAUAAGGUAUAUUUCAGGGGUGGUGGCGCUGCUGUUGGCCUGUGAAGUCACCAACAAUGCUCGCCAUCUUGGCCUUCAACUUGGAUUUUACCAAGAAUUAGAAAUCAAACAUGUAUUUUCACCCAAAAUUGGCUUGACCACCUGCAACUUAUGACGUCAUAUCUCGUAACCAUAGCAACUGAGCAUCACUAAACUUGUCUCAAAAUGUGUGCCAGGGAUGAAUGAACGGCUACUGAAAACGUUAGGUACUGAUUUUUUAUCCUCUAGGAAAAAACUCAGGAAAACCUUAUGGGGGGGGGAGGGGGGGCAUCCGCCCCCAUAAACCAUCUUUUUUUCGUUACAGAAAUUGUGUUGUGUUAAUGAGAAGGCGGUCCAGCCAUCCCCAGCUCUAGCCGAGAUCUCGCUUUGUGCAACCGAGAACUUGGCAAGUCGACCAGCCUUCUCAUAUGAACAUAACGGCAUUAGAAGAAAACAAAGUAUAAACCGAGCCACGCUAUCACCCCAUAUAAAUCAUAUCAUCAUCAUCAUCGUCGUCACCACCACUACCAUCACCAUCAUCAUCCCCAUCACCACCAUCACCAUGACCACCAUCAUUUUCAUCAUCAUUAUCAUCAUCAUCAUCAUCAUCAUCAUCAUCAUCAUCAUCAUCAUCACCAUCUUCAUCAUCGUCAUCACAAACAUCAUCUUCUUCUUGUGCUUGUUGUUGUUGUUGUUGUUGUUGUUGUUCUUCUUCUUCUUCUGUAUAUCGUAUUGGACAUCUUUGUAUUGUAUAGGGUAGUGGCCGUCUUUUUUGGUGUUUUAUCGCUUUUAUCUUUUCGAAAACAAAACCGUUCUUGUCUGGUGCAGGUACUAAUGCUGGAGAAACCUUCUUUUCUACCAGGUACGUAUUUAGUGGAAUCUACACCAUGGAGAUGGUUACGAAGAUUUUGUCGCGUGGAUUUAUACUUCAUACCCACGCAUACCUUAGAGAUGGAUGGAACUGGCUUGAUUUCAUAGUAGUCCUAUUAGGGUAUGGUGUAUUUAACAGCGGAUAAAAUGAGCAACAUGUUCCUUAAAUAGCGGAUUUGUAGAAGACUGUAAGGUCGUGGUGGAUGCUCAUAACCUUAGGGGUGGUUUACUUGUACGGGCAUAAGUGCUGAUAAGAUCUUUCCCCGGGUGAACUCCGAUAUAAAAGUUACUAGGAUGCUCGUCGUCUCGCUUAUCAUGUAUAAAUUGCAUAUUUUGGUCUUACUUAGGGUGCUUAGGACCGAAAGUCACCAUUUAUAUUGGCUCAUUUAGGUAUCGCUUAGGGCUGUGCAUAACGAAAUUUACAAAAAAUGCGGUUUUGUCUGUUUUAGUAUGGUCAGAUUUAGUGUUAAUUUUCCGAUGAGCAUCCCCGUCAUAUAUGGGAGUUAAACCCUGGGCAUCUUCCACAAAUGAUAAAUUCAUACUUGUGUAAUAUUACAAUCUCUUAUAAUACUUAUAGACACUUAACUAAGCAAUAUUUUUAAAGAAAGUUAUCGCUCAAGAAAAAAUGAGAAAAAUGUUCUUCGAGCGAUGCAAUUGACAUUGCAUCUUCAACUUAUCACCUCUUAAAGAAACCGACUUGUGUAGAUGAAAUUUUGAUUCCCUUGUUAAGGAAGCACCAGACAGCAGAAACUUUGAUUUCUUCAGGUAUAUCACUAUGGCACCAAAUAUUGCUAACCUGACGGGAAUCAGAACAAUUAGAGUGCUUCGCGCCUUGAGGACCAUCUCUACCUUGAAAGGUAAAUGUAGGUGUGUAGCUCAAGUUACGUACAUAGUAACAAGAUGUAUUUAAAACCCCGAUGUGGCAUAUAAAACACGUAGUGACAUUGUAUACUUAUAACUAAUGGGAUAUCCUUUUUACCUCAUUUGCUUUAAGGUCUCCGUGCAGUGGUGAAUACAUUAUUGUCUUCUCUGAAGCUGUUGAGUGAUGUCCUGAUUUUGUUUAUAUUCUUUCUCGGUCUCAUGGCGCUUAUUGGACUACAGCUGUUUUCUGGAGAACUGAGAAACAAAUGUGUUCUUGACAUUCAGUAUGCUAAUAGUACAGAGAACGAACAAGAGCGAGCUCUAAACGAAAGUAAGACACACAUCUGAAUUAAAUUAAAUGUCACAAAUUGGGCGGCAUUAAGCCAACUUUACAUGUGCACAAGGCUACGCUGAAGAGUGUUAUCAUCACCAUUAAUGUUAUCAUAACCAUUACUCGUAUUGAAUGAGGCUGAGUAUGAUGUGAAGAAUUAUUCAGAUCGAGGAGAAUUUCAUCCACGGGGGCCGAAGAGCGGAGGCGGACAAAAUCCUCCAAGAUCAACAUAAUUCUUCACAUCAUACGAAAGCUGGAUUCAAUAACUGUUAAAAUUAUUAUUCAUUCAAAAGAUUUCUCCGUUUCUGAUUGGCUUAAAUCCCAUGGAUAAUUCAUCAUAACCAGCAGUUGUUGACCAAAUUUGGAAGAAUUUUGCGAUAUGUGGAAAAUGACGUCAAUUCUACAGCAAAAUUGCCAGAAAACUGGACAGUUAAACGAGAAGACCUGAGGACGAGGUUGAGUUUUUUUAGUAGUGAGUUCAAAAUGGCGGAACUUUUAGCUCGUUUCGCAAGCAAGAAACAGGCGAACUAUUGGCUAAAAACAUAGCAAGAACAGCAAGAAUAUAACUCGACGGUCAUCCGGUAUUUGGAGAAUAUUUGCAGAAUUGAACAACCCUUUAUCUCCUAAACUUGCCGAUAAACAUGCAAUCGAAGACGAACUUAACAUCGAUGGAGGUAAGCAUCUUUUGGCUUGUUUUAAGGCUAGGAAUUAUUUUGAAUGAGUAAUACAACAAUUAUUGAAUUGGGCUUACGUAUCAUCUGAAGAAUUAUGGAGAUCUCGGAGGGUGUUAUCUGCCUGGGCCUAAUCGACGGAUAACGUAAGGAGAGAUUUUCCACGUAUUCUUUUUUUGUCUGGAAUUUUAUAUCUAGCUUUUAAAGAUUCCCUUUGACGUUGUUUUAGUAAUUCAAACUGAAUUUGCAUUGCGGUUUUUAGCUCGGCAAAAAGGGCCCGUGCCGUUUUAUUUUCCUUUGUUUCAGUUGCUUUUUGUUUGCUUAAGUAGUAAUUGUAGAAAAGCCAACAGUGUUCCUCAAUAAACAAAACUAAUGGAAAUUACUCUUUUCAACUGUACACAUUUUUUACUUCAAUGUUGACUUUUGAAAACAAUAAUUCGUUUCUGAAUAAUGGUUAUUUACGUGUUAUUAAACUUUAGCCCAUCUUACGUGAUUUUAUAUCAGAUGGCAUUUAUUCAUAGCAACGCCUUUCCCACAUGUGCACCCCGUUUUAAUUGCAAUUCAGCUAAAUUUAGCGAAUAUAUAUUUCAUUAAACUGCUAGUUAAAUAAAGGCAACAGCCGAAUUUUGAAUAUGAAAGGUUUUGCUGUCUUAUAAUUUUUGAAAUAGAUCGAGUUUUUAAUUUGUUAAAGUUAGCAUAGUCUGCGCUGCGGAUUUUCAUUCAUAUUGUAAUACUUUGUACAUAAACGAAAGCUUUAACAAAGAGAUGGCCAAUGCAAGAUACAAUUUACUAAGUCGAAAGAAACACUCUCCUGUUAUUGUUAGACCCGUUACGCUCAAAGUAAGAGACCAAGAAACACAUGCCGGUUUAACAGACAAAGACCGAGAAGCCUUGCCGAGAUGCCUUUCUAUUGGGUUUCCAGUCUCGAAAGUGAUGCCGAAGUUGAAGAGAAUCUAAACCCAUGAAGUUCAAGUUUCACGUAUCCAGUUCCAAGUUCAAGCCGAGUUGCACCGACGAUCCGACGUUCAACCGCAUUUUCCACUACUAAUUAAGCCCAAAUGAUAGAUCCCCGACUUCCGCAUGCAGCGUCGAUAACGACGACGAAUCCUUUGUGUGUCCAAGCGAAAUAAAAUAUAAGUAAGCUACUUUUUACUGUUUUUCGAUUAGACUGUCGAUUACAUCGUUGAUUACAUUGCGUCGUUCAUUACAUUGCUGAUUAUUUCGCCGUGUCCUGCCUGAGUUUAUGCCAUGUGAUCUGCUGAAGAAUAAACGCUGUUGGAACCAAAGUUUAAUUCUGUUUUAUCCACUGCUGUACCAGUUAGUGGUUUGAUCCCGGUCCUACAGAGACAUGACGGCUCUUGCCCGCAAGAGAGUUGUCGUUUGAGUCUAGUUUCCCCAGUUUUAACGAGAGUUAAGCAUCGAGUUCCUGUUGAGUCUCAGAACUUUGUUUUCUAAUGGAAACAACUUCCGUCACAAUACCACCCUCCUCGCUCUCCAUAAUUCUAUAGAUGAUACUCAGCCUCAUCCAAUAAUUGUUAAUUAUUUAUUCCUAAUACUCUAAGUUCUAAUUAGAAGCUUAUCUCCUCGUAGACUUUUUUCAACACUUUGGCCUAUUUCUCGACACGGUUUCAGGAUAUAAACAGAUGUUUUUCUUUGCAGAUACCCCUCAAAAAGUAGAUAACAUUCAUCGAGCCACAUGUAUUUGCGCAUUCCUUCAUUUCUUCCGAUCAGUUUUAGUUAGAAAUUCCACUAUUUUGUCUUUGGAUAGCAUUAAACGCCAGUUUGUUUUAGUUCGCUAUUGCCUCGGCAAGCGGCCUCGUUUCCAAACAAAUAUGCCAUCGAUCAACCUCGUUUGAAGCAAUAUACCAUCGAAUCGAUAUUGCAUCCCCAGCCGAGGAAUUUGAGCCAAUCAGAAACGAAAAAAAAAAACUGUACUGUCGUCAUCAUCGUUAUAUUAUAGACUAUUAGUGCAGAUAGUAAGCUCUGCCUCAAUUAUUAAAUGGCUAUUUCUGACACAACCUCUAUAAAUGUCAUCAACACUAAGUAUGUUAAUUUGAUAUCAUAUUUUCACGUCAUGUCCCUCCCAGUGCUCAUUAAUAUGCUCAUCAUGUUUUUUUCGUCAUUACCGAUGUCAUCUUUAGUUUCGCAAAGUAAGGAUUUAUCUUAAGGCAAAAGUUUAUGAUUCAUAUAGGCAAGUCUCUUUCAUCAUACAAAAAAAUAACUUUUUUUAACGUUGUGUUGAACGAGACCUGAGACCUAGCAAGAAUAGCGACAUUAUGGGCUAUUUUUACUUUCAGGUUUUUGGUUUCUUAAUAACGGCGAUCCUUUGAUUUGUGGGAACAGUUCAAGUGCAGGGUAAAUUUUGUAACAUAUGCAUGAUCAAAUAAUCAAUAAAUUUGUUAGCUUAUUUAUUAAAUGACUAAAAUGCUUCUCCUUUCCUUGCCUAGUCGGGAUCCUAUCUACAAUGCAUCAACACUAACUUUUGUUAAGCUGUACCUUCAACAGAACACCGCGUUAGUCAUUUCCGUAGAAAAUCCAUUGUACUGUAUAUACAGUACAAACAAUUAGCUUAUCAAGGUCACAGAUAUUAUUAGUUGAUUUUGUGUUCUAUUCGUUUUCCCUGAUUAAGAUCUUGUCCAUCCAAUUACACAUGCAUGCCUAACGCUGGUCCAAACCCAGAUCAUGGUUACACGACAUUUGACAACAUGGCUUGGUCUCUUAUUAUGGCUCUACAAAUACUAACAAUGGAUUUCUGGCAAAACGUUUACAACAAGGUAAGUGUAUCAAUUGAGAUUUUCUCUGGAUAUAAGAAGAAAACUGAAGGAAACAUAAACAUAUGCCAUAAGCCAGAAUUCGUCAGGCCUACUUCAGGCAGUAAGCCGUGGAAAAGUGGUGAAAAAUAUUUAAGUGACUAUCGUGAUACAAACUAUAAACUAACUUUCAUGGUGUAACUGGCAAAAUUGAACACUUAUCAUUCCUUUUAGAUCAACAGAUCCUCUGGAGCGCAGUACGUGCCAUAUUUUGUCAUCGGAAUAUUCUUCUGCGCUUUUUACCUGAUGAACCUUGUAUUGGCUAUGGUGUACUUAUCAUAUGAACAGGAAUUAUCUUCAGACGGAAAGGAGGUACUUUUAGAUAUCCGCAAAUUCAAUCAGCAUAGGUAGGGCGACUCAAAGAGUUAACCAACCAGGGUAUCAUUUUUUUUUCGCGGCGCAAUUCCCCGCGACGAAACGCUCCCCUCGUCGCUAACAAGUUUGACAACUGUGGAUGAGUUAAAACAAAUUUCCUUACUUUUCCUUACAAAUGUUGAUUCACAACUUUCUAAGACAGCCAAAGCAACGAGUAAACACUCUGAUGAAGGACCUUUGCUCAAAAAUGCUCUCUUCUCUUUAUCUUAUCAGUUAGUGCUGUCUUGCUCUGAACAAUUCAGUUCCACUCUAGCUGCUUUGUGUAGUAUAUUAUACAUGUAAAUCCCCAUUGAUUUGUCCCCAGAGGUGGUGCGGCGCCAGUGAUGAUUGACCAGAUUGAUUAUCCUUUACUUGCAUGGUUUUAUGACACGAGAUUGAAAACUGUUCUAUUAACUCGGCAGAAUAGCUGCAGAACUAUCUUACAUUGUGUUGUUUUGUGUGCAUGAUUUAUUAGGAGGAAAAGAUGGAUCAGCGACGUACUGGUCGUUCAUAUCAAGCACACGAGCGAAUGUUGAACCGUCUUAUUCUAUUAGAUAGAAACCAACCGCCUCCAUCAGAAGAUGAAGCCAAAGAUGCGGAUUCGAACGCAUCGAAGCGCCGAGAAUCACUUCACCACAUUUUAUCAGCCAGGGUAUUAACACAAAGGUCUGAGACAAACAAAGUAACGAGCAAGGUUCUGUCUCAUAUAAAAUCUUGUUGGAAAAUGGUACAAAAGUGCAUGCAGCAAAUCACCUCCCAUCCUGCCUUCGAUGUGGUGAUUCUACUGCUAAUAGUUUUGAACACAGUUGUUCUGGCAAUGUACUACCAUGGUAUUCCUACCCAGUUUAGGCGCGUCUUGGAUAUUUUGAAUUGGGUGAGUAAAAGUCAGUGAUCGUUUACAUGAAUCUGGGAUAACAAAUCUAACUGUAAAUUUAUUAGACAGCUCCAGUUGUAGGUAAGUAUGCACCACUUGUGGUCAUUUUGAUAAUGUUAACCUAUUGCCGUAGUAGCCUGUAUAAGAGCCUCCCUUAGGGUCGAACGAUCGUGAGUAAUAGUACGGUCGGUUUUAGUCAACAGGACAUGUUAAGUACUACUGUAAGAUGAUCUGUUUUGCACGCUAUAUUUAUGAAUGAAUAAGUAAAUCAGUGAGGUUCGAAAAUACGACAUCAAUGGCUUUUUUCUUUGCUAAAUAGGUGUUCACUUUGUUGUUUACUACUGAGAUCCUGAUUCGUGUGGUCGCUAUGGGACCGACAGAAUUUGUUCGCGUUCGAUGGUACUUGUUUGACACAGCUGUUGUGGCAGCCAGCUUACUGGGAUACGUGAUACAUGCUGAUGGACUCAGUAUAUUUAGAACCCUUAGAAUGGUAAGCAACACAGGAAUCAUUUCAUUCCGAACAAAGAAGUUAUUAAGGUCACAAUUGAAAAAGACACAAUUGAAAAAGAACUACGUCGACAACUUUGAACUUUGAAAAUGUCAAGAUUUUGAUCACUCUCUUUUAUGAUAGCUAACUUGUUCGGAAAGGAAACCAAGGAAAUGUUCGCAAUUAAAGUUAAAGGAUCGCAAGAAAUUGAUAAUUCUUAGACGAAUUUCGUACCGUCAUGUUUGUAACUGAAAUUUAAGGGGGCUCGACCCAGUACAUUAAUAGGCCCACCCUCCACCUUUGAAUCUCUUAUACUGAAAAAAAUUGAUCUUUAUUGUAAAAACAUUAUAACACAUGGGUUACACUUACAAUAAACUUUAUCAUGUUAUUAUUUUUUGGGCGAUCGGAGUGAAUGUCAUGCGACAUUGACGUCACAAUGAAUUUUUGUGACACUUCGCACAGCAGAAGAAAUUCAUCUCAUCCAAAGAACACGUAGCGUAAAGCAUUUCAAAAGAAAAUGCCGAACUGGGCUGAAAUUCGAUUGAGAGCUAAAACCAUUGUGACGUCAUUGUCACCUGACGUUUAUUCCGAUCGCCUAAAAAAAAAAUAUCAUGAUAACAUUUAGUCUUUAAUGCAAUCCGUGUGUCAUAAUAGUUUACAAUAAAGAUCAAUUUACUUUAGGAUGAGUGAUUCAAAGAUAGAGGCUCGUGUUAGCUUCUGUGUGCUCACAUAAGAUUAACUCUCUCCCAUUUAGGUACGACUCUUGCGUUUGGCGAAAUCCUGGAAGACGAUGAAAAGACUGAUGAAGGCCAUUGCUAGAAGCAUAGAACCUGUGGGCAACAUUACACUUAUUCUAGGUGUAAUUAUCUACAUUUUUGCUGUCCUAGGAAUGAAGACAUUUGGCAAAGAUUAUAAAGCGGAUAAGUUUGGUGAUAGUGGAGUGCCACGCUGGAACUUUAGUGAUAUCUGGCACGCAUUUUUAAUGGUUUUUCGUGUCCUAAGCGGGGAGUGGAUCGAGCCUCUCUGGGACUGUAUGAGGGUCACAAACGCUGCCAAGGCCAUCCCUUACUUUCUAACAGUUCUCGUUAUUGGAAACUUUCUGGUGAGUAGCAUUUGAGAGUGAGAAAAGGAUUGACUACUUUGCUCACAAUGAACAAACAGUAUGUUAGAUCAUGCCCAGAUUGACAAACUAAGACUAUGGCAAAAUAACUGGCUGCCAGGAUCCACUUACUCCUUCCAUAUGUAAUUUUUCAGUCUUCAGAUUACGAAAAAGCCAUGUUAUUAAGUACGGCAUAUUGGCUACCAACUUUAUCAAAAAACAUACGAAGAGUAUCGCACAAGGAAUGACUAUUUCAAACUUACUAUUCUUAUACAGCAAGUAAGUUCUGGUAGUCUUUUUCUUUACCAGGUCCUCAACAUGUUUGUCACUCUAAUAGUGAACGCCUUUGACUUCCGAGAUGACAAUUCAGAUGGCGUAGAUGGUUCAAAGUCUGCCAUAAAAAACAUAUUUAAAACACGCAGGUCCUGCCUUUUGGAGGAAAAUUAUCGUGGUUCUCUUCGUCCUUGCAAGCUUAAGGUUGUAGAGAGUAAACACCCUGAUGAGCGAAGCAAUGGCGUUUCUUUGGCAACACACACAGGAGAUCAUGACGGCAAAGAACAUUGUAAAAGUAUAGAGAUAAUAUAGUUUUUUUUUUACCAAGAAAACAUAUUUUUAAUUUGAGUGUACGCCUAAGAGAGGUUUUUUCAUUUGCUUAUUUUAGCAUACUUUCUAAAUCACCUUUUGUUGCCCGUUCAUAAACAAUACAAUGAAUAUGUUACUCUUUGUCUAUACAACCAUCCAAAUUUUUAAUUUUUGUUUCCUUUUGUAUAAUUUCUAAUCUACUUCCUUUCUUCGAAUUACAAUACAUUUUGUAUCAUUAAUUCAAACUAUAUCCAAGCCUCAUGUAAAUAGAAGAUUUUGCGGGGGAUUAAUCGUGAAACUCGGAAAACCAUAAACAACGAAAAUAUUUCUGGAGCAUUCAACAAAGGUAGUAGUUUUGUGGCCUGCUUGCGUGCAGCUAGUUUUGUUUGUUGUGAUUGGUCACAAUUCAAUAUCUUUAUUGUUCACGGUUUUCUUUCUUGACAAAAGACCAAUCAGAAACGGACAAAUAUUUUGAAUGAAUUUUGUUGUAUAAGGCAGUAGGUUGGUAGUGGGUCUAUGGACAUAUGUCCUCAAUGACAUCGGCCAUCUUUUUAUUAUGUUCAAGAUCACCUUUAAUACAUAUUUUAACGUCCAUGAAUUAAUCCGGGAUAUUCCAAACUAAAAAAAGCUGAUUUUAUCAUCAAUUAUGACGCAUUUCUUGGCAUUUGUUUUUCAUCCUUUUUUUAUAAUCUAUCCAGUUGCAAUGAUUCUGGAUUGGCUGUAACAUGCUACAUUUGACAUGCUAUUUCGAAAUUAGCAUUAUCAUAUAUGAAUAACAUUGCUAUAGUUUUUAAUUUAAUUUCCUCUUUCCAUGCAGCCUUAGACAACGUUAUUGACAUUGACAGCUCAAACAACGCAAUGAGAGAAGGUACGAGUUUUGAGGAUGGCGUUGAUUCUCCUCCCAGUGUCAAAAUGGAAUAUAUAAAAGACGGGAUUUCUGAAAAUGGUGUGGUAACAUCAGUGCCAGUUCCUUCGUUUGAAAUCAAGGAAUUAUACAUAGAGGACUGCCUCCCUGAGCACUGCGCAUGUGUAGACUGUCAACUGUGGAGCCCUUUAUCGACGGAAAGCAUUUCCUGGCUUAAGUUCCGCGGCCGGGUACGAAUUUUUGUGGAAAAGAAAUACUUUGACUGGUUUAUUCUCUUCAUGGUGUUUUUGAGCAGUUUUAUGCUGGUAGGUUAUUUUAUGCUGUGCAUCUUUUAAGAUCUUUAAAAUGAUUUACUUCAUAGAAGUUAUUUUGGUCCUGUCAAUCUUUUAUCAUUUCAUUUUUUUUAUGGCAGCUAGUGGUCAGGGUGGGAGUUCAUUACCCUGUUCUGCCCGGGACACCCGGAAGUGCAGCGUUCUGUCCACUUAGCAACGCUGAGAUGUUUGCCCAAAAGCUAUUUAAAUGCAAUAUCUUUAAUCGUAAACAGUACCGUAAAUGGAAAAUGCUUACAAAGGUGUUAUUAAAACUUGUAGGUUUUUGAAGACGUUAAUCUGCACAAAAGGCCAAAUCUCGAGAAAACCUUGGAAAUACUCAACUACAUUUUUGCAUGUGUCUUUACGCUCGAGUUCCUACUUAAAGCCAUAGGUUUUGGCCUCACGAAGUACUUCGCUUCUCCUUGGAACUGUUUGGAUGCCUUUAUUGUCUCAGUGAGUAGAACAUGAACUAUUAAGCUCCCUACUGUAAAAACGUUUGUAUAAAGGCUGGAUAAACGCAUCGCUUAUGGUAUGUGUUUUACCUCACAGAUUUCACUCGCUUGCCUAUUUGAGAACAAGCAAUUAUCCGUGUUUCGUUCCCUACGUACAUUACGAGCACUGAGACCACUCCGGGCCAUCUCACGACUGGAGGGAAUGAAGGUAACCAAAAUUUGCUAGUAAAAUCUCCCAGGGUAAUUGAAUUAAGUCAUGUUGUUUCUUGAAACAUUGACCAUGGUGAUUUAGGUAGCUAGAUAAAGAAAGAUCGUCCGAAGCUAAAUCGAAAGAAUAGAAAAUGAUGUGGUCCUCCUGAUCAAGAACAUGCCCAAGCCAAGCUAUCAAAGAGUUUGUUCCGUUUCGUUAAUAAAUCGGAUGCAACAGCUUUUUGAUGAUGCCCAUUUAUUAAACAGACCGCCCAAAAGCACAAGACAGCGAUUCGCGAUUCACCAUUCCGUUGGUAGUUAAUCCCCAUAGAAAUGGUAGCCAGUUCAAUUUAAAGUAAAACUUAGUUUAUUUCAUGACUACUAAAUCUCAUGUGCUUUAAACACUGUUAUUCUGUUAUUCUCCUUCUUAAGGUAGUGGUGAAUGCUCUCUUUGCUGCUUUACCAAGUAUUGCAAAUGUCCUGGUGGUUUCCCUUCUCUUCUGGCUGAUAUUUAGCAUUCUUGGCGUUCAUUUCUUUGCCGGAAAAUUUUACAAGUGUGUGGAUGAAGACAACGCCCAGUUACCUGUCAGCGUGAUUGCUAGUAAAGCAGAAUGCCUCAACCGCACCAUGGACGGUUACCGUUGGAUCAACUCCAAAGUGAAUUUUGAUAACGUUUUAGCAGGCUUCCUUGCACUGAUGCAAGUGGUACGUUGCCACUUCUUUUAUUUUUUAUUUUUUGCAUUUACUUCUGACAAAUGACAUUUAUACAUGCCACCAUAGGCACAAAAGUGACCGUACGUUUAGACUUGUCCCACCAACCACAUACCUUUAAAAGUGGAGUUAGGUUAUAUUUGUGUUAAGCGUAUUGCAUUAAUUGUUAGUACAAAGUACUGAUAAUAUUAAAGGCGCUUUUGGCAAAUAGGACACAAAAUAGAAUUUCAAAACAAGUAUGGACUACUCUAGUAUGAAAAUCGGAGGAAAACGCUUUGAAGUUAAGCUAACCUGCAGUAUAUUUUUUCCUUAACAGAAUGAAUCGUCGCCAUAGGAGUCGCUUAGGCAUUUCGUAAACAUUUAUUUGUGUUUCAGUUUUUAAAGGACGCUAAGCUUGUGUACCUAAGUAGCAAAGUCUCUCGCUGAAAUUUGAGUUUAUAUGACGUGUUUAGGCGACUUUUGCGGGUUGGAUGGAAGUUAUGAAGGACGCAGUCGACUCGACUAAGGUGAGUAUCAAAUUCGUCUCAGAAGAACAUAAAAUUGUUGCGCUUGCUAAGCUCAAAUAAAUUUUUUUUCUUUUCGGAGCUGAAACGACCUAGUGCAGACCUCCUGAUUUUCCAUACCAUGAUUUAAAAGAGGCUGACGCGAUCAUGACUGUGACUUUCUGGUUUGCCACAUGCGUUCUUGAUCGGUUCAACACUGAAAUUACUUAAAUUACUUACUGAAAUUUUGAGAUUUAUCCUUUUUUGCAUUUUUUGAAUAACGUAUACUGAUCUUAGAAUUUAUGGGCUCUAUUCAUCUAACCUGAGACAUUUGAAGCUGUGGGAACCACCCUUAGACAUAGGAUUUCCUGGCUGCUUUAACAAGGGCGCCCCGGGAACGGGUCAUCAUAGGAGUUGUGUACAUUUCUUUUGGCCUAAGAUCAAAUAUUUUGAGCUUUUCUGGUUUCGCCUUUUAACGACCGAUGUUAUAACUUGCUGUUAGGAGUGGAUUUUUCCACACGAAUUGCAGGGUGAACUGACGCUGCAAACGUUCAUGUUUAUUGCCGUGUAUUCGACGCAAGUGAACUCCAGCAGUACGCGUUUAACACAUUAACACUUACUGGUAACGAAAUUUCACUUCAUCCUCUUUUAAAACUCAAGGUUCAAACACUCGUUUACUCAGUCACCUCUCUGCCCUGUUGUAUCUUGUGGCUCAUGGAAACUUUACACCAUUGUUGGGGUUUAGACAUAGAAGUUCUCGAACUGAUAGAUACUCCACAGUCAGAACCAUCUGUGCAAGAAACUCCAGGUGUUUUCCAAACUGAUUUUGUGUUGCGGGACUUUGAAGAUGGUUUCAAUGAUAAACAUGGUAAGCUACCUAACAACGUACAUUUGGAAGUUGAUCCCUUGAAACCCCCAAUAGUACGCCCUCCCAGGAAAAAUUGCUCUCUUUGAACCAGGACGAGAUGGAACGAUGGAAGAAGAUGGGACUAUUAUCAAAGAAGAGAAACAUUCCCCUUCAGUUUUCUCUAUGCUAGUGUUCUACAAACGAAAAGUUAAAGAAAAGAAUCACCCAUCCUCAAACAAUGAUGUUCGAAUUUUUAUUGACCCAAGGGACUUAUUAAAAGCACUUGAGAUACCACACUAUUCAAUGGUUACAGGGAAGGAGGACGUUGCUAACCGACUUCCAUGUGCUAAAAGUUUCAUUUUCCUUGAUGCAUGCAGUGGGUACUGGCAGCUGCCAGUUGAUGAUAAAAGCGCAAUGCUCUUAACAUUCAACAACCAUGGGAUCAAUAUCUAUUGGAAUGUACCAAAAGACGGUGGAAAAUUCUUCGAAGGGGAUGCUGUGGAGGUUAUAGUUCAUGAUUUCCUGAUACUUGGUGAAUAUCAACAGAAGCUGACCAGAAGUUGAGAACAGUACUGGAUAGGAGAAGAGAAGUAGGACUGAAGUUUAACCUUCCUAAAAAGUAAAACCUCGGUUUCCUGACGUAAGUUAUGUUGGACAUGUGUUCUCAGCCGAUGGCUAAAAAACAGACCAUGAUAAAGAGCGAGCAAUCAGUGAGAUGCCUCCUCUUACUGAAAAAGGUGUGCUUUGAAUACUUGCGACCGUAAAUUAUCAGGACAAGUUCAUUCAUUUACUAGUGCCUCUGUGUUAGCUCACUUUAAUAACAGCAUCGAAAUAGUUCUAAGUGUUGAUGCUAGUAGCACAGAAAGUGGCCGUGAUCGCUGAUGCAGGGGGGCAGACCAGUUGCUUUCAUUUUAAAGUCAUUGACCGCCUCUGAGAAGAUGUAUGCAAAUAUUGAAAGAGAGCUGCUAGCGAUUGUGCGGGGAGUGCUAUUUUCGAGAUAGAUCACCAAACGCUCUAGUCAAUCGUAAACACUGAAUGAGGCCCCUCCCAGAAUACAGAAAAUGCUGCUGAAAGCCAUCAAGUAUGACCUUGCUACGUACCAGGAAAACAGCAGAUCAUUUCAGAUUGUCUGUUAGUUACCGACUUUCAAGUACUUUGAAAUAGCGCGGCUUGGGCAGACCACAGCCACUAGUGUCGUCAACAACUUAAAGUAAAUAUUUGCAAGGUUUGGAAUCCCAGAGAAAAUUUUCAGCGACAACUGACUGUUGUUCGGCGCCAGACAUUUGUCCAGCCGUUAACUAUACUUUAAGAGUGGAGAUAUUGCUAUGCAAUCAGCUCACCAUAGUAUAUUCAAUCAAAUGGAGCAGCAGAAAAGGCUGUGCAGACUGCAAAACGCAUUCUUAAGAAGGCUGCAGCAGAAGAUGAAGAUCCAUUUGGGGGACCGUUAAACUGUCGCAACUCACCAUUUGAUUGGCGUAUCUUCUGCACAGUUGCUGAUCAGUUCGAAGAACACGAACGAUGAUAACAACUCAUCGACGUCUCCUGUUUACCUCAGCCUGUGGAUCGUGAUAGUGUUCUGAAAACUCUUCAUCAGCGACGGCGUAGUGUCAAGUCUAGUUAACAAAAGCAGACUAGUGAUUUGCCUCCACUUGUAACCAUGCACAAGGUGCAAAUAGUGAAAGAAAAUGGUGGAAAGCUGAAGUAUUGCCAAGAUCGUGCCUCCUGGAAGACUAAUAUGGAUUUACUUACUGGAGAAAUAGAAGGCAGAUCAUCUCAGUUCCAAAUGAUUGUCCCAUGUCUCCAGUUUUCAUCCUAUACGUGAGCAGCCUCGUGACACUCCCGCGAGUCCACUGGUAGCUGAAUCUGAGAAGCUAGCGCCAAGUCCAUUAAAAUUAAAAUCGAGACCGACAGAAACAGUUUCACACACACCCAUUACAAACAGAUCUGGGCACCAAGUGAAGAGGGGACAAAGACUCAUUUAUUCCUUUUAGUGAACAUGAUGUAAAAUUUGAGCCUUUGGGAUCCCCCUAAGAUAUAGGGUACCCUGAUUGCUUUACGCGGGCACCCCGGAAAUGGACCAACAAGUGCUUGGUGUGAGGGUGACUUGAUCUUGAACAUGGUCGAGUAGUUUUAAGUUGUGUAAUUUUGCCAUUUAUAGACACUCUUAAUAUAUAUCAGACAGUUUUUGUUAGCCUUACGUUUUGUUGACUAGUUCGUCACCUUAGUAUUUAUAAAUUUAUCAUUGUCAUGAUCAUUCUUAAUUAUUAUCGUUAGUAGUAGUUAAUAAAAUAAUUAUAAACAAUUGACCAAUAAUAUUUGCUUUAAACGCUCUGUGUUGAUCCUGGCCCACUGGCUUUGUGGUUUGCUAAGCCUGCGAGAUGACGCUUUGCCGUUUGCAUUUUAUCGUUAUAACGUGUGUAACUGAUAAAUGUACUUCUUUUCAGGUGGACAUGCAGCCGAAGUUUGAGAACAACUUGAUGGCUUAUUGCUUUUUCGUUGCUUUUAUCAUCGUGGGUUCGUUUUUUGUGUUGAACCUGUUUGUAGGGGUCAUUAUUGACAACUUUAACACCUUAAAAAAGAAGGUAAAGUAUCAUUCACUGUUUUUCUCAAAGCUACCUGACCUUUGUAGACUCUCUCCUUUAUUUAAAAAAGUGAAAGAAUUGAACUGAAAAAGGAAAAAAAAGGAAAAGGUGCAUAUACGUUUUUUGGGGGGACAAAACGACGAAAAUGUGCGAUUACAUUGUUCGAAACAAUGACAUAUCUACAUCAAAUUAAAACAAAACAAACAUAGUAAUUUCGUUAUGAACGUGAGUGAAGCCCAUAACAUUUUUUCUUAAUGCACAUGCUACCAAAGAGAGAUGAUGAUGUGAUGACAUAAGCACUGAGUUAACACUCCUGUUUUCUUUAGGAAAUAGAGCAAAGGUGCUUCUUGACCUUCCACGUGGAAGGGUUGAAAGUAUUCGAGACACAACUUCACAGAAACAAGACCAAAACACAAGGAUGUUGAUCUUUAGAAUGUUACAUGAUAACGAGUGCACACGUUGUUAUUAAUACAAAUUUAUGCGAACGGACAGGUAAUUCAGCUGGAGUUCGUCGGGCAGGCUCGCUUGGCCCGCUCCAGCUAACCGGAUUUGUUGGGUUUUCAUGCAAUCACAAAUUAAUUUUUUGUUGCGUUUAAUUGGAGCGCUGCGAUCUUUUCAAAGCGUGCGACACCCGGGCAAGCCAGACUCAUGUCUACAGCCUCCUAACGUCAUUCAUGAGCUCUUCUUUUUUUAAGAGUUGACCAAAACCAAAGCGGCCAUUAAGUUGUACCCUCCUAUGUUGUGAAUAAAAACAUUUCAAUAAUUUUUGGAAACUAGCGAAUAAUUUGUCUACCUUAUUUAUUUUAGGCGCACUUACUUACGAACUGUUGUGCUUUAAUUUUCAAUCUUAGUACGAGGACAUCAGCAGUAUGGGUAUGUUAUUGACCGAAUCACAAAGAAAGUGGGUCAGUUUUCUAAAGGAAGCCGCCAGAAAGAAACCACCCACAAAGGACAUUCGUCCUGAGGUACCAGUUAAUGCAGCUGAACUUGUUCCAGACAACCUCAUUAAAGUGAUGGGAGAACUAUUUAUGAGCGUGAAAACGUCAGUUGAAGAAGACAUGUCACGAUUUUCUGUUGUUAUUUUGAAACCCUACAAAAACAGUUCAAUCAAAGAAAACCGUAAAAUAAUAGUUCCUUUUUUUUUUUCAAAAUUACUCUAGUAAUUUAACUUAACUAUACGUGUAUGUCUGCCUUUCGGUGACUAGGAGGCAACAGGAUUAAAAAGUUUUGGAGUCAAACUCCUGUGUUGUCGAAAAAUAAGCAAAACUGAUCAUUCUUUGGUUUCCUUUGAUAGAAACAUUUGAUAUAUUUCAUUCAUUGACCAAGCGUGGCACAGAUGACUGAAAAUAUUGGAUCAAGUAAGGGUUCUGGGAAACUGCCCACCUACCCCUCCCCUAACUCGACGUUAACAUUUGCGUCUCACUGGGGCAAUAUUUUGGGUUAGGGGAGGGGUAGGUGGGCAGUUUCCCAGAAACCUAAAUUGAUCCAAAAUAUUCACCAUAAAACUCACCAUGACAUAGCCCCCUUUAAAAAGUUGAAGAAUGCGUUAUUGUUAGUUAAGGAAUAAAUUUCUUAAUACCAUCUAUACAACUACAUUUUCCGGCUGCCCAAAGCAGAGCCCCUCGCUAUGCUUUUUCAUGUGUAUUUGUUUAUAUGUUCCACAGAAAAGAUUGAUCGGCCAGCUAUAUGACGUGGUAACGGGGGAUAAAUUUGAAGUCGCCAUUAUGAUAGUGAUAAUGUGCAACAUGGUCAUGAUGAUGAUUCAACAUCACGGACAGUCCUCCCAGGUCACCACCGUGCUUCAUAUCCUUUUGCCAGGACAAGUGUGUUCAUUUGUUUCCUAUUUCCAUAAAGUGCGGUUUUUAAUUUAUAUAAUUUAUUUAAUCUGUAAGAUGAUGUCUACUUGAAUAAGAUAAAAACAGAUAUUUCUAUUUAAGUUGCUCUUGGUUGAAGAUGAGGUACUAACUUUCCGUUCAUGUUUGAAGUGAAGUCCAAGGAUACAUAAAAACGCAAAGUAUACAUAAAUAUAAUCAUCGUGUUGAGAGAAAUUUUAGUAUUUCCUGGUACAUUUGCGCACUCCCAAAUCUCUUCUAAGUCCCAACCAGUUUUAAUUUAUCAUAGUCUUUCCCACCAAGAGACAGUAACCUCUUGUGACUCUUGCACGUUCCAUCAGAGACAGGCGGGGCCCAGUUGUUCAAAAGCUGAAUAGCGCUAUCCAUCGGAUAAAUUUCUAUCCAGUGAUAAGCAUUAGGGAAACCAAUUGCACUAUCCAGUGGAUAGAGAUUUAUCCACUGGAUAGCGCUAUCCACCUUUUGAACAACUAGGGCAGAAGAUUAGGACGUUACACACGUUAUUUCAAAACAAGUAAAUGAGUAUCGUAAAUGAGUAUCGAAAAUGCUAAAUUUAGCACUUCCUUUAAUACUCAGAUUUCCUUAAAAGAUUCCGUAGGCUGAACAUCGAACAUAACAACAAUCCGCAGAAUAAGUAAUACUGUAAGCUAGUGAAUUUUAUAAAUACUUUCCUUAACUCAUGAUCACGUGUAUCCAAUUUUAUCUUCACUGGUAUCUUUGUUUUGGAAGCCAUACUAAAGGUUAUUGCGCUGAAACAGCACUACUUCAAGAAAGCUUGGAAUGUGUUUGAUUUUGUUAUUGUUAUCAGCUCUAUUGUGGGUAGGUAUAUCCUCGAUUGUCGUCAUAAAUUUCUAAAUUUGUCAGCCUUCCUAAAAGUUAAGACCAAAUGCAACUGAGAUUCCCGGCUCUUUCUUCACUAAAAAACAGCUACUUGUAUAUGUUAUUUGCCGGCCGGAUAGUCUGUAUAUAUAUAAAAAAAGAUGCCGGCAAAUAACAUUUUUGUUCUCACUCUUAAAAUUUGCGGGAAAAUAUUACUUUAGCCUCCAAGUUGAUUCAGAGCACGAACGAUUAUAAAACUAUAAAAACAAGUGAAUCUUUCUCAUAUACCGCUUAUUUACCGAGAGUGAGCUUUUUUUAACAGGGAAAUCUCAGACUGAGGCCUACGAUUGAGCGCUAGCGAGGUCAAUACAUAAAGGCCGAUCGCGAGGUCUGAGAUUUACCUGUAACGACCGAACGGACGAGGUUAAUAAGUUAUUUAUUGUAUGGCCUUUUUAGCGCUGCCGAUGCGAUCGAAACCGCAUGAAACAGUUUUUUGACAAUGAGAAAAUUCUUGUUUUUAUUUGUCAAGAUUUACGGCAAUUUUAACUACUUCAAUUUCACACGACACACUGACCUGUGUUAUAAGUCUUUGACCCUUAAAAAGUUUAAAACCUGAGGUAAAGACGGGCGCAGUUUAAGGUUGAAUUUGAACAAGUUGCGAGACCUUGCAGUCAGCGUAGGGUAACUGAAGGCUGGUUGAGGCAGCAUGGCCUCCCGUUUUACAUUGUUUUAGCAGUUUUCCCGACUGAUUUGCCACAUAUGUUGUCCGCCCCCGGAUAACAAAGUUCACUUUUUCUCUAGCUAGUACUCAUAAGGGCUCAUGUUUAAGAUGAAAACUGUAUAAAAGCAUAGCUUUCGCUCAUUCACCAAUACUAACAAACCUGUGAAUGAAGCCGCCACGACUGUAAAUUCCCCUUAGGGUUGGCCGGCAAGAUCAUAGUAAAAACUGCCUACCAACGGAACUAAUUAGAUAGAAGGCCUUAGAGAAUCCACCGGCUUGCAAUUCGGAGCUCUAAAUGUAGUGGGUAGCCAAAAUUUAUCCCGACUAUCAAGCAACUUUGGAACAAAUCUUUCUUCCCAGAUAGCCUUUAUCUUACCCAGUACUAAAAAACCUCCUCCUUUAAUUCCUCAUCUUAACAAGUCGGGUUUGGUUUGAGGUGCUUCAAAAAAUUUCUGUAUUAAAUUUUCCUCUCGAAGAGUUGCUUGAGUGGAUACGGGAUUAAUCCAGUGAAUUGUUUUGCUGCAGACUAAAAUUUUAUUUUAUUUAAUGUCUUUACAGAGAUUAUCCUUGGAGAGGUAAAUGUGAAUGAAGAUAUGUUCAGUCCCAGUCUUCUGCGUGUUCUACGCAUCUUUAGAAUUGCCAGGCUCCUAAGGCUGGUAGAGUUUGCCAAGGGAAUACGUCAGCUCUUGUGGGCUCUUAUGAUUUCAUUACCAGCUCUUUUCAACGUAGCAGCACUUCUUUUCUUGGUGAUAUUUAUCUACGGAAUCAUCGGCAUGUCAGCGUUUGGACACGUUAAACAAGAAGGCGCGUUAAAUGAACUUGUAAAUUUCGCGACAUUUGGUAGUUCAUUGUCAUUACUCUUUCGCCUAUCAACUGGCGCGGGAUGGAAUGACAUUAUGGAUUCCUUGCUACUGAAACCGCCAGACUGUGAUCCUAACUACAUGAAUCUUCCCCAUGGCAACUGCGGUUCCAUCGGAGCUGUUUUUUACUUGGUCAGUUACAUCGUAAUUGUUUUCCUCAUCAUUAUCAAUAUGUACAUUGCUAUCAUUCUCGAAAAUGUGUACCGUGCUCACGAGAUCGAGGAUUCCGGCAUCACCCAGGAAGACUUUGACAGCUUCUAUGUCUUGUGGGGGGAGUUUGUUCCUGACGGUAGGUUAUAUCUUCGGUUAGCUCAGCUGUCAGAGUUCGUUGCUACUCUGAAGAAACCAUUCAAACUUCCAAAACCAAACACUGAAAUAUUAGCAGAGAUGGACAUACCGUUGGGGUCAGGCCCAGGGGGGUCAGGAGAGGUUGUUCACUGUUUUGACUUGCUGAAGGCGCUAGUUAAACGUGUUUUGGGGGAGCAUGGUGAAUCCCCCGAAGUUUUUCAGGAAAUUACUGUGAAAAUGGAGGCUAGUUUUAACAAAUCAUUCCGAAAAAGGAGGGCGUCAUUGCCGAUAAUUGGUUCUACAUCGAAAUUAUCUGAAAGCGUGCCCGAGAAUGAUCUUUGA